UUGAGACCAGAGGCACUGGAAUGCCACCAUCGUUGUGUUUUCAAGAGACGUGACAAAAACGCAGAGACAAGAUGGGCUGCAGCUUCAGUAAAGAGAACUGGUGCUUCUCUCUGACCUGCUGCUUCUGCAUGAGAGAUCGUCCUGCUUGCUACUGGAUCGGAGGAGUGGGACUGGUAUGGGGAGGUUUUGCCACCUUAUUUGACUUCAUCUCUGCCAACCUUCCCAACGUCUACUGCACACGCUGUAUCGACUACAACCUAAACCAUUACCUCGGUCUAACUAGCGGGGGAAUCAACGCAAUACAAUGGGUCAUGAGCUGUUUCCUCAUUCACGGCGCAAGGAAGGAGAUCAGAUGGAUGGUGGGCGUGUGGCUCGCGUGGGCGACUGUGAGCAUCGUCAUGCAGCUCCUGUGGUUCUGCAUCACGCUCCCCUACACCCCCUCCGUCAGGGGGUUCGCCUCCUUCUUCCAGCUGGUUUGGGGGAUCCACUACUUUAUUGUGAUCAAGACACACUUCACCAGGAUGUCGCUCACAUUCACGCCCCCUGAGGAGCCCCUGAAACUCGUCCCGCCCAACUCUCCCACAAAGAAGCACCGACGCCACAAGCGCAGGAUCGACCAGACAACCCAGCCGCCCAUCCGCACGCUUCUAGGGGCGGCCAUCAAGAUCCAGGGGGAAGUCCUGAAGAGGCAGGAGGAGGGAGGAACCAUCGAGAUCCUGGCUGCGGGGGAGGAGGAGGACGAGGAGUCGGAGGUGGAGGUGCUGGUGGUGAGGAGGACGUCGAGAGGAGGAGGAGAGGAGGAAGGGAGAAGGAGGGAGAGGAGGGAGGAAGGAGAAGGAGAGGAGGGAUGGAGGGAGAGAAGGAAGAGGAGAUGGAAGGAAUGGAGAAGGAGGAAUAAACCAAGUGGAGGAGUUUGAGCUCCAGCCAAUAGGCGCGAGGCAAGCAGAAGAAGGAGGAAGAGCAAAAGACGCGAGAGAAGAGGGCGACGAAGGAAACGAAAGAAGGAAAGAGGGAAAAGCAAGAGCCACGAGAAGCGGAAGAGGAAGGAGAAGAAGCGCAUCGACGGACGAAGAGGACGCGUUCGAAACCGAUGGCGCGAAAGAGAAAAGAAGGAAGAAGAAGAAGGAGAAAAAACGCAAAAGGCGCGAAAAGGCGAACGAUGAGGAGGAGGAGGGAAAAAAGAAAGAAAACGACAGUAAAGCGAAAGAGAGAAAGGAACAAGAAAGAAGAAAAACAGAAGAGAGAAAUGCCGGGCGAGAGGAGAUGGGACACGAAGAAGGCGACAGCGAAGAAGAAAGGAAGGAAAGGAAAGAAAAACAUAAGCAAAGAAAAGAAGAAUCCAAGAAAAGGAAGAAGAGAAGAGAAGAUGAGAACAAAGGAGAAACAAGAGAUGAAUGCAGCGGAUCAGAGAACCCGAGGCCCCCGCGCGACGAACGAGGUCAAGGUCACGUAGCAGUGACCAUAGAGGACCCGAGCGACACUCCUUCGGGCAAGAGGGAGAGCGGAGGGGCGCCGCAUCGAGGGAGAGGGAGACUGAGGGUCAGGCUGGAUAGCUUGGAGAGUGCGGCUAGGAGGAUCAGGCGGCACAGCGAGGGAGCCAUGAGUUCGAGGACGAGGCGGGGGAGUGAAGGGAACGCGGGUUCGAGGGCGAGGCGGAGUAGCGAGGGGAGCGUGAGUUCGAGGACGAGGCGGAAUAGCGAGGGGAGCGUGAGUUCGAGGGCGAGGCGGAGCAGCGAGGGGAGCGUGGGCGUGAGGUUCCGGCGCGAGAGCGAGGAGAGCGCGGGCGUGUGCCUGGAGCCCCGAGGCCCUCCUUCGCCCGUCUCGCCCAGCCACGCCGACGUCAUGGUGCACUGGAAGCUCGAGAUGCCGCAGGAGGACGACCCGGAGACGUCGUCGGAAGCGAGCCUGUCCCCCUCGCCGCCGCCGGUCCGCCCGCCCCAGCGACGCCCUCGAGAGGAUCCUGCGGCCGUGGAUGGGCGUCGCCGUCCGCCCUCUUCGCCCACGGACACGGGGGUAUUCGCUCGCACGCCCAACGAGGAGGGAAAGCGAGAGAAAUUCCGGAUAAUCGAAGUGAAGAGGAAGAGCCAGACGAUCCCCGGGGAACCGCGAGCCAAGACCUGCAGUCGUAGGACUUCGUACAAGCUCGCGGUCGGGUCGCCGGAUACCCAGGAGACGGAAAUCGUGUGACGUCGCUGACUCUCCUGGGACUUCGGUUGGCGAGAGACCAUGAAGCAAAGUCGCCUGAAAUUCAUAGAAACAAUAUCGUAUCCGGCUUCAAACAACUCCGUAUAUGCAACACUAUCUACUGUAAUAAUUAUGGACCAUGGAAAGAACGCAAUAAAUAAACAGAUUCGCAUGU